UUUAAAUUUUCACAGCAAUUCCACAGUUGCUCUCAGUUUGAGUUGAACACGUAAAGCGUGCGGACGUGUUAACGUUGUCUCUCGUUUGUUCCGACAACAAAGUGCCAAAACCAAAUACAGUUUCUUUGAUAAUCCAAAAAGAAAAAACCGCGAAAAGCAAAGUUUAUUAGCUUCGUUGAAAAAACAGCUGCUAUAAAAUGCCGCCCAACGCAACCGCCGGUGGACAGUCGAUCACGGAUUCGUUGCUGUCAGCCGCUGCCACAGCUGCCGCUGAAUCGGAACAGAAUCCGACCAAGUUGCAGGCUGAUUCGACUGGUGUGCUCUUUGAACAGGAUGCCGAGACGAUCGACGGUGGACUCGUCAAGGAUAUACAGUCCAUGAAGAAGGCGGACAGACGCAAACUGAAAUUGGUCUGGCGUAAUAUUAUACUCUUUGGAUAUUUACAUUUGGCCGCUCUCUAUGGUGCCUGGUUGAUCUUCACCUCGGCCAAAUGGCAGACUAUUUUACUGGCUUUUGUUCUUUAUGUCGUCUCUGGUCUGGGCAUCACUGCUGGCGCCCAUCGUCUGUGGGCCCAUCGUUCCUACAAGGCUAAGUGGCCACUGCGUGUGCUGCUUGUCAUCUUCAACACUGUAGCUUUCCAGGAUGCCGCCUUCCACUGGGCCCGUGAUCAUCGUGUGCAUCACAAGUACUCGGAAACCGAUGCCGAUCCCCACAAUGCAACCCGUGGCUUUUUCUUCUCGCACAUUGGCUGGCUGUUGUGCAAGAAGCAUCCGGAGGUUAAGGCCAAGGGCAAGGGUGUUGAUCUAUCUGAUCUGCGUGCUGAUCCCGUGCUGAUGUUCCAAAAGAAACACUACAUGAUCCUGAUGCCACUGGCCUGCUUCAUUCUGCCCACUCUGGCACCCAUGUACUUCUGGAAUGAGACGCUGAUGAAUGCCUGGUUUGUGGCCACCAUGUUCCGUUGGUGCUUUAUUCUGAAUGUCACCUGGCUGGUGAACAGCGCUGCCCACAAGUUCGGUGGCCGUCCCUAUGACAAAGACAUUAGUCCUUCCCAGAACGUUUCUGUUGCGGUGCUCGCUUUCGGUGAGGGCUGGCAUAACUAUCAUCAUGUGUUCCCCUGGGACUACAAGACCGCUGAGUUUGGCAAAUACUCUCUAAACUUUACCACGGCUUUCAUUGAUUUCUUUGCUAAAAUUGGUUUGGCCUACGAUCUGAAGACUGUGUCUCCGGACAUCAUCAAGAAGCGUGUCAAGCGUACCGGCGAUGGCACCCAUGCCACCUGGGGUUGGGGCGAUAAGGAUCAGCCAAAGGAGGAGAUUGAUGAUGCGUUGAUCACUCACAAAAAGAGCGAAUAAACGGAAGAAUUGUGUGUCGCGUUUUAGCCAACCUUCAUUAAGAGUGAAUCAAAAGAAA